CCAGUUGUAUUUGCCGAAAGACAUUGUAAGAACAUGUUAAACCCCGUGUUUCUUGAGGCUCCCCAUGGAAAAGCAUGGGAGGUUGAAGUGGAAAAUUCUCAAGACCAAAUUUGGCUAGCCAAAGGAUGGAAAGAUUUCUGUGGCUAUUACUCAAUAAGCAUCAGGAGCUUAUUAGUCUUCACAUACAACCCGCGUUCUCACUUUGAUGUCGCUAUAUAUGAUCAUAGUAAAACGGAAAUUGAAUAUCCAAUAGAUCAAGAGAUUGAAUCAGAUGAAGAAGAGGAAGAUAUUCCAGUCCUCCAAGCUAAUGCUAAUGUAAUCGAGGAAGAUAUUCCAGUUAACCUUCAAACUAAUGCUAAUGUAAUCGAGGAAGAAGAGGAAGAUCUUCCAGUUAACCUUCAAACUAAUGCUAAUGUAAUUGAGCAAGAAAUAAGUGAAGGCUAUGAGGAGCACGACCAACGUAACAACCCAACAUUGGUACCGGUAAAUCAAGAGGAUGGAGAAGCCAAUAGUAGAAGUGGAGAAGUUGGUCCAAAGAAUAGCAGUCGAUACAGCUUCGUGAACUUAAAUGGUGACAAUCCGUAUUUUGAAAUGGUUAUAAAAAAGGCGCACGCUACUUAUAUGACUAUCCCGAUGAGAUUCGCCCAAAGUACAGACAUAAUCAACAUGAAGAAUAUGAGGUUGGUUAAUGAAGAAGGAGUAGAAUGGGGAGUGGAAAUAGAGUAUAAUAGGAGUAUGGUUAUCAUAAAAGGAGGAUGGACUGCAUUUCGAAAAGAUAACAAGAUAGCUAAUGGUGAAACUUGUCGCUUCAAGUUGAUUCGGGGCCAUAUUGCAAAUGUUUUGCAGGUUCAAAAGAUCCCAACACCCCUUUCCUUGCAAUAAAUUAGCUACAAUUUCUAUGGGUUGCAUUCUGGCUAUUUUAGUUUGUCUUAGGAAGAUGCUAGGCAGAUGUUAUAUUUGUUUGCUUUAAAAAGAU